GCUCCUCUCUCUCUCACUCUGCUCCGGCACAGAGCAGGCACUCAGCUCCACAGCGGCAGCAGCCCAGAGCACAGCGCUCAGAGCAGCACACAGGACAGACAGGAGCAGGCAGGAGCAGACAGGAACAGGCAGGAGCGGAGCGAGAGAGGGACAGGACCGAGGCAGAGCACAGAGCAGGAGACAGAGCUCCGUCUGCAGCUGGGACGCACACAGUUCAUGUCCGAGGAGGCAGACUUGGAUGUGAGAGGCAGAGAGCGCAGUGAUACGGCCCCAGCACAGCCCGGUGAAGAGCCCCAGUCGCCCAGGCCUCGUCCUCCGUCCGAAGACACCUCUGACCCCACCGCCUCGGCUCCAGGCGUCGCCCCCCCCGGCCCUCACACCUGCAGCAGGCCACGAGGCAGCGGCGUCAGUGCUGGGGGUCUCGGCUCCGUUAGCAUCGUUAGCAGCAGGACCAGCAGCGAGGGGGCAGGCCAGAGCUCCAUGCAGUUCAGCACCAGACCGCCUAGUGCUGAGCAGCCGGGCUUCAUGGGGACAUGGCAGCAGCAGAGCACUGACAGUAACCUCCUGUACAGAAUGUCCCAGCAGGCCAUUCGGUGCACACUGGUGAACUGCUCGUGUGAGUGUUUCCAACCAGGAAAGAUUCACCUGCGGACAUGUGACCAGUGCAAGCACGGCUGGGUCGCUCACGCCCUGGACAAGUUGAGCACCCAGCACCUGUACCACCCCACCCAGGUGGAGAUCGUGCAGUCCAACGUGGUGUUUGACAUCAGCAGCCUCAUGCUCUACGGGACCCAGGCUGUACCGGUGAGGCUGAAGAUUCUACUGGACCGGCUCUUCUCUGUGCUCAAGCAGGAAGAGGUGCUCCACAUCCUCCACGGGCUGGGCUGGACGCUCCGAGACUACGUGAGGGGCUACAUCCUGCAGGUCAGCGCACAGUGGACACGUCAUGGAGAAGGGGCUUUUGUACUUACACACAAACACACACGAACACACACCGUAUCAAAAAUGUGA